AUGAUCACAGGCGGAACAUCAGGAAUUGGUUUUGCUAUCGCCGAAAGAUUUCUACAGGAAGGGGCAUCGUCAAUAGUCCUAGUGGGAAGAUCUCAAACUCGACUCGAACAAGCAGCCUCAAGACUAGCUUUCUUGACCGGUGAAUCAUCUAGCCUAGAAGAAAGCAAUGGUACAGUUGCAACACGUGCCCCAGAGGAAGACAUGCAACCAAGCACACCCGAAAAUAUCCGUAUUCUUGUCGGAGAUGUUGCAGAGGUUGGAUCAUGGAUGCGAGACCUUGAGAAAGAAAUGGCAAAUGUCGAUAUUCUGGUCAACGCAGCCGGAAUUUCCAUCUCAAACAUCCUACCCAGAUGUGAGCUAGAUGAUAUCUCCAAGACGUUGCGUACAAACCUUGAAGGCGCAAUGAUCACGUCAAGAGCAUUAAUUCGCGCUUCGAUCCGCAGCCGGAUGCGCAAUCGAAAUGAUCCAGCUGCCGGAAAAAGACCAUCAAAGUGCAUUAUUAAUGUUUCCUCUUUGCUAGCCCUCAAGGGUGGAACUGGUGCAGUUCCAUAUGCAGCUUCCAAGGCAGGUCUGCUCGGAUUGACCCGGUCUCUGGCUGUUGAAGCAUCGGCUUCGCUGAAGCAUAUUGUUAUUCGGUCGAAUGCCAUUGUGCCGGGGUAUAUUGAAACACCAAUGAUUGCAGAUUUCACACCUGGAGAAAUGACCAGGCUCAAGGAUCUCAUUCCUCUCCAUCGUUUUGGAGAUCCGCGUGAGAUCGCUGAUGCUGCUGUUUUCUUAGCGCAGAAUGAGUAUGCCAAUAAUUGUGUGCUUAAUCUCGAUGGUGGAUUGAGCGCUGUUUAG